AUGAAGAAAACUUGUGAAGUGUGUAAAAAUAAAAUAUUCAAUUAUGUUUGCCCAUCUUGUGAUAUAGUUUACUGUAGUCUUGAAUGUUAUAAAAAACACAAUGAUAAGUGUGUAAGUAAUUUUUUAGAAAAUCAAGUAAAUGAAAAUAUAAAAAGCAAUAAAAUAACUGAAUUUGAUAAAAAAGAGUUUAAAUUUAAGCUAAAAAAGUUUUAUGAAGAGAAUUCUCAAAAUGAUUUUUUAGGAGAAUACAAAAACAUAAAUAAAUGCAAAGAAAAUAAAGAAAAAAAAAAAAAAAAAAAAGAUUAUUACUGUGAGAAUAAUUAUAAAGAAAAUAAUGAUGAUGACAAUGAAGAGGAAGAGGAUGAAGAAGAAGAAGAGGAAGAAGAAGAAGAAGAGGAAGAAGAAGAGGAAGAUGAAGAGGAAGAAGAAGAAGAUGUAGAAGAAGAGGAAGAGGAAGAGGAAGAAGAUGUAGAAGAAGAGGAAGAGGAAGAGGAAGAAGAAGAAGGAGAAGAAGAAAAAAAAAAUAAUGAUGAUAAUUGUAAUAAAGGAGAAAAAUAUAAAGAAGAUAAAAAUAUAAAUAGUAAAAAUAAUAAUGUAGAACAAACUUCAAAUUAUUCACAAAAGUGGUUCAUAAGUAAAAAAAGAUAUAAAGUAUUAACUGAAUUAGCACUAAAAGACGAAUUAAAGUUAGAGAAUUUAAAUAAAACAGAAAAAAAACAAUUCUUUUCUUUUUUAAAAAAUAAUGAUAUGAACCAAUAUUUAGAUAAAUAUGAACCAUGGUGGCUUAAUUGUGUAAUAAAAAAAAUGAAUAUUCCUAAUCAUAUAUGUUGUAAUAAAAAUGUAAAUGAAAAUGUCAUUUUUAUAAUUAUUGAGAUAUUGUAUUCUUAUUGUUAUCUACUACGUAUAUAUAAUAAGUAUAUUACUAAUAAAGAAUUUUGCUAUUCAUUACUUUAUUUAGCAAAUUCAUUAAACAGAUUUAAUUUGCCAGAAUCAAAUAUUUUAAAUACAAUCAAUAAUUUAUUUCAAAGAAUACUUGAAAAUGAUGAUUUAGCAAGGGAGAAAAAUGUAUUAUAUAAUGUUAUAACUGAUGUAACGAAAAUAUUAGAUUUAAAGGAAUUAAUUCUUAGAUGCUUAUAUGAAACUAAAAAAAUUUUUAAAAAAGAGAUUGAAAAAAUCAAUACAAAGAAAAAUCAGUGUAGUAAUAAUUUAAAUAAUAUAAAAAAGCUUACUGAAAUUUUACAAGAACAAAAACUCUUCGGAUACGUUAAUAAAAAAAUAAAAUUUUUAUAUAGUUAUUCAAAUUAUCAUUAUGAAAAAUUUUCUGACAUAAAAAACCAGUUAUCUAAAUUUUAUAAUGAACAAAAAAAUUUUCUUAAAUCGAAUGAUAAAAGAGAAAUUAUUUUAAACAAAGAAAUUAUGUAG